AUGUCGACUGCCUCUCUUUUCCUUCCUCAUAUUCACGCGGUGACACUUUCUUCUCCAUAUGUUUUGAAUCUGCUGAUCUGUGUGUACUGUUGGAGCUUUAAGCUCUGCCUUUCAUUUGUUUCAACUGAUCAGGAUGUUUGGAAGAAGGGAAGCUCAAAUAGAGUCAUAAGAAAUGAGUUUGGAGCCUUAAGGAUACUACAGAUGGCUAAUGCAAUUGAAAGGGAACUUGAGGAUUGUCCUGAAAUGUUAGAGAUAUUGAAAAGUAAUGCAGAGAAGCCCUUGUACGCUGGUUACACUGAAUUCACAAAGUUGUCAGCAAUGUUGAAAUUGUACAACUUGAAAUUUUCUGUUAAGGACCCUUACAAUUACUUGGCCAAUUGGUCCAACUCUUCUUCCAUUUGCAAUUGGGUUGGGGUUAUGUGUGAUGCUCACCAUGAGAGAGUAAUAGCCUUGAAUCUUGGUGAGAUGGGUCUCAAGGGAACUUUGCCCUCAAAAAUUGGGAAUUUGUCUUUCUUGGUUGAACUUGACCUUCAUAGUAACAACCUUUAUGGUGAGUUGCCAAAAGAGUUGAUCCAAUUACACAAGCUACAAAUUCUCAACUUGAGCUACAAUGAAUUCAAGGGAGAAAUUCCAACUUGGAUUGGAAGCUUAUUCAUGCUUCAACACUUCCAUCUCUGUAACAACAUUUUUGGAGGUGUUAUUCCUAAAAGCAUAUCCAAUUUGUCAAAGUUAGAGACUUUGAACUGGAAUGAUAACUUUAUUGAAAGAUUCAUUCCAUUUGAGAUUGGAAAACUUCAAUGUUUGAAGAUUUUACGGAUUGCGGUAAACAAGCUUUCAGGAAAAAUACCUCCAACUAUUUCCAACUUAUCCUCACUUGAGUUGUUGUCUUUGUCUCGCAACUUCUUAACAGGAGAUAUUCCGAAUGAGAUUGGCAAUCUUACAAAUCUUAAAAUUAUGUACUUGAGUCGAAAUCAACUCAUUGGCUACAUACCUAGAAGCAUUGGAAGUUUGGUUUCGCUUCAGGAAUUAGCGCUUGGUUCCAAUAAUUUACAAGGUGAUAUACCAGAAGAUAUUGGACAAUUGGACUUGCUUCAAGUGCUAGGUCUUGAAAAUAAUAGUUUACAAGGAGAUAUUCCAAGAGAGAUUGGCCAUCUCCAAAAUCUAAAGCUUCUAUAUUUGGAUGGAAAUAAGCUUUCUGGCCAAAUACCAUCAAAUAUCUUCAAUAUUUCAGAGUUACAAGUGAUUGAUUUAAGCUGGAAUGAUUUGUCCGAAAGUAUUCCCUCAAGUGUAUGUCAUGGACUUCCAAAAUUACAAGGGCUAUAUCUUCAAGAAAAUGCAUUAUCUGGAGCCCUCCCAUCCAAUUGGAUACAAUGCAAAGAGCUCGAAGACUUACAAUUAGAAUACAACUCUUUUACAGGAGAUAUUCCCAAAGAGAUUGGUAAUCUUGAAAGUCUGGAAAUUUUACAUUUAGGCGGAAAUAAGUUUUCUGCCCAAAUUUCAUUUGCUAUCUUUAAUAUAUCUGAGUUGCGGGAUAUUGAUUUAAGUUGGAAUAAUUUGUCGGGAGGCAUUCCUUCUAAUAUAUGCAAUGGACUUCCAAAUUUACAAUAUUUGAGUCUUCACGUCAACAAAUUAUUUGGACCAAUACCAUCUGGUUGGACACAAUGCAAAGACCUGAAAAACUUAACAUUAGAAGACAACUUUCUCAAAGGUCAUAUACCCAAAAGUAUUGGAAAUUUGACCAUGCUUCAAAAGUUAACUGUGGGUUCCAAUAAUUUGGAAGGUUUAAUACCUAUGGAAAUAGGCAAUCUCCAUAAGCUUGAGAUCUUAGAUUUGACGUAUAACAAGUUGAGCGGAUCUAUUCCAUCCAACAUUUUUAACAUUUCAACUUUGAGAUACUUAAAUCUUGGAAGCAAUUCUAUAAUUGGCAAUCUUCCAUCAAAUUUCGGGAAUCUCACUAGUUUCUAUGAACUAUCCUUGGGAGAAAAUAUGUUGACAGGAUCAAUUCCAAAAGUAAUUGGUGGUUUACAGGGUCUUCAAUAUUUGAAUCUUGAAGGCAAUGAGCUACAUGGCCUAAUCAUUGAUGAGAUAUGUGAAAUCACAAAGCUUGCCUAUUUAUCAUUAAGCAGAAACAAGUUUUUUGGAGAAAUGCCACAUUGUUUAGGAAAUGUUACCUCUUUACGAGAACUUUACUUGGACUCUAAUAAGUUAAUUUUAAAAAUACCCUCCUCCUUUUGGAAUUUGAAGGAUAUAUUGAAAGUAAACUUAUCUUCCAAUAUUUUAGUUGGAAAUGUAUCAUCAAGUAUUGGAAACUUAAAUGCUCUUAUAUCACUAGAUUUGUCAAGAAAUCAUAUUUCAGAAAAUAUUCCAACAUCUUUGGGUGGACUAAUGAACUUGCAAGAUCUCUCCUUAGCACACAACAAUUUGCAAGGAAAUAUUCCUAAAUCAUUUGGAAAUAUGCUGAGCUUAGUAAAUUUGGACCUUUCUAAGAAUAAUUUAUCCGGUGAGAUCCCCAAAUCCUUAGAGUCACUUACUUAUCUUAAGUAUAUCAAUCUCUCCUACAACAAACUACAAGGAGAGAUUCCAAGUGGUAGAGUUUUUGCAAAUUUGACUGCUGAAUCUUUCAUGAUGAAUGAAGCUCUUUGUGGCCUUCCACAACUAAAAGUGCCUCCUUGUGAAAAAGGAAGAAGAAAAUGGUCAUGGGCAAAAUCACUUUUACUAAAAUGCAUAUCACCCAUUGUUGUGUCAACAAUUUUAAUUGUCUUAGGUAUUAUCCUUUUAAGACAUAGACAUUCAAAUUUAAGGGAACCAAUUGAGAGGGGUUUAUCUAUUUUAGGAGGGCCAAGGAGGAUUUCAUAUUUUGAAAUUUUGGAGGCCACUAAUGGAUUUGAUGAGAGUAACAUUCUUGGAAAGGGGAGUUAUGGUGAAGUGUUCAAAGGAAAGCUUUUGAAUGGGAUGACUGUUGCAAUUAAAGUAUUUAAUUUUGAUUCUGAAAAAAUGUCAAGGUGCUUUGAAGUGGAAUGCAACACAAUGCGUAAUGUGCGUCAUUAUAAUUUGAACAUCGUAAGUUGUUGUUCCAAUGUUGAUUUCAAAUGUUUGAUAAUGGAGUUCAUGCCUAAAGGGAGCCUUGAAAAAUGGUUGUAUUCUCACAAUUAUUGUUUGGACUUUUUACAAAGGCUCAAUGUAAUGAUAAAUGUAGCAUUUGUUUUGGAAUAUCUCCAUCAUGGCUUGUCAACACCAAUAGUUCAUUGCGAUUUGAAGCCAAGUAACAUUUUGUUGGAUGGUGAUAUGGUUGCUCAUGUGAGUGACUUUGGAAUUUCCAAACUUUUAGAUGAAGGGCAAUCUAGAAUACAUACAGAGACAAUACCUACAAUUGGAUAUAUAGCACCUGAAUAUGGAUCUACUAGAGUUGUUUCAACAAAAGUAGAUGUGUAUAGCUAUGGAAUUAUAUUAAUGGAAGUGUUCACACGAAGAAAACCAACAGAAGACAUGUUUGUUGCAGGAUUGAACUUGAAGAGUUGGGUGAGUGACUCAAUGCUACAUGAAAUAAUUAAUGUCAUAGAUUCCAAUUUAUUGCAGGGUGAUGAUCAGUAUAUUGGUGAUAUAUUGACUUCUACAUCCAGUAUUUUUGAAUUGGCAUUAAAUUGUUGCAUUGAUUUUCUUGAAAUGCGAAGCAACAUGACAGAUGUUGUUGUGUCAUUAAACAAGAUCAAGAACAUGAUUAUGCAAAGGCAACAUCAUUGA